GAUCUGCGAGAUACAAUUGAUGGGAUACCCCAAUGAGGGAUUCAGUGUUCGUAAGAAGAUUUUGAGCUGGUUUAGGUUGGGUGAGAAGCCUUCGACGUUAUCGAAAAUGGACGUGGCAGCUUCGGUAGCUGGUCAGACCCAGUUCACGGUUGACUUGUACAAAACCUUGGUUAAGGGUAAGGAGAGCGAAAAUGUGGUUCUGUCGCCUCUUAGCGUUGAUCUGGCAUUAGCGAUGUUGACGGCAGGGGCAAAGGGACCGACGAGAGAGCAGAUUUCCAAGUGCAUCAAGCUCCCGCAAGGCAAACCAUUACACGAUUUCUCCUCGCAUUUGAGGAAGACUGUGCUUUCUAAUCAGCAGGGCGAUGGCGGACCGGAGUUGGCACUCGCCAACCGUUUGUGGGUGGAGCAAUCAGUGAAACUGAAACCUGCAUUCCAGAAAAUUCUUCAGGAGAGCUACGGAUCUGAAGCUGCCUCGGUAGACUUCAUCUCUAAGGCCGCUGAAGCUCUAGCAAAAGUAAAUAAAUGGGCGAAAGACGAGACGCACGGGAAAAUUGAGAAUCUCCUUCCUGCAGGUUCAGUGGACCACGACACACGCGUUGUGUUAGCUAACGCGCUUUACUUCAAGGGAGCAUGGAAGAAACAAUUUGACGAUUACCACACCCGAGAAGAGGACUUCUACUUGCUGGAUGGGAAGACAAUAAAAGUGUCCAUGAUGCACACAUCCCAGAGGCAGUAUGUGAAAUCUUUUCCCACUUUCAAGGCUCUUCGCUUACCAUACUCCGCUGGCCACGACGAACGCUUAUUCUCGAUGUUCAUUCUUUUGCCAAGUGAGAAGUACGGGCUAGUCGAGUUGGAAAAAGCUCUAGAUGCGAAGACUUUGGCAGAAGAUCUGCAGCACGUCAAGCAGUUGUUACCCGUGAGCAAGUUCGAGCUCCCGAAGUUCAAAAUCUCCUCAGGGUUUGAGGUACCGAAGGCAUUGGAAUCCAUGGGGUUAACCUUGCCGUUUGGAAGGGAAGCAGAUCUGACUGAGAUGCUGGACUCCCCCGUGUCUGACAAGCUCUAUGUCUCCAAUAUAUACCACAAGACUUUUGUCGAGGUUAAUGAGAAGGGGACUGAAGCAGCCGCAGCUACAGCACUAACAGUCACCGCGAAAAGCCUGCAGAUGUACACUGAUGAUCCGGUGGAGUUUGUGUGCGACCAUCCGUUUAUGUUCGUGAUUAAGGAAGAGCAUUCGAAUGUGGUAAUUUUCACGGGUCGUGUUACCGAUCCCUCUCUUGCACAAUGAGUUGCAGGGUUAAGAUCGCCAGCUUGAUUCGUCAUCGCUGGUGAAUGACAUUGAAUCGAUGUCUUAGAGUGAAAAAUGUUGACAUCUUAUGCUAGUGAAUAUAGCGGGGGACUGGAUCCUCGGCUGUAUUUGAGUGUGUAGAUUAAUGGUAUGGCGUAGCAAGUAUAAUGACGUGUACAAACGAGUAAAAUAUGUGAAUAGCUUGCGUUGUUGAAAUGGACCGAGUUCUGUAAUGUUUUUUAAUCAACUUGAACUCAAUCUGCUUCACACCAUUUAUGGAUAAGGCAUUCAAUUUGGACAAGCCAGAUUGAGCAAUGACAUUUAUCCUUCUAGUA